AGCAGAGGAGAGCUGCAGCAGGGCGAGCGUGUGUGUGUGUUCAUAUAACUCUGUAGUUAUUAUUUAUAUUUCUUAGAUGAAUUGAAAUGUCGUCAAGCUGCAAAUAUGUCUUUGGAUAAACAUUGGAGUUGUUAAUGAAUGGGUUUUUUUUGGUUUGUGGAGCAUAAUGUGAAACAUCCUGAAGUGGAAAGACUCGAGGGUUUCUGCUGCUUCACAGGAGUCAAGUGAAAUAUUUUAUUUUAUUUUAUUUUAUAGAAAUGGGUAAACUGCAGUCCAAGCACGCCUGCAAACGGAGAGAAAAUCCUGAAGGGGACAGUUUUGUAGUGAGUGGCUUUCUUUCAAAAAGAGGAGCAGGAGAAAGUGAAAGGUCUGAGCUAAAGACAAGGCACAUUCAGGAUUUAGACAACUGUGAGUUUAAGGAUGGACAGUUUGGAGACCACCACUGCCCCCUAGAGGUGGUCCUGCCUCCCGAGAAGGCGGAGGGCUGUGAGAGCGCCUUGCAGUUUGUGAACAGUGAGGAAGGAGAGCGAGAGAGCAAUAAAGCAAGGAAACGCAUCAGUCUGAAUGAGCUGGAGUGUGACAUGUCCGUAGAGGAUGAUAACAGGCAGGAGUGGGUUUUCACCCUCUAUGACUUUGAUAACAGCGGCAAAGUGACCAAAGAGGAUAUGUCGAGUCUUAUGCACACUAUUUACGACGUCGUGGACGCCUCAGUAAACCAGUCGUGCCACAGCAAGAUCAAAACGCUGCGUGUGAAGCUGACUGUUACACCGGAGCUCAGCCCCCGGCGGAGAGAACACACCACACACACCGGGACAGAAAGGGACUGGAGCUGUAGCCGUGUGGACGCCACACAGCAGGAAGAAGUGCGCGGUGGAGACAAACGCCACUCGACACACAUGAGGGACUCUCUGGAGAGGAAUCAUUACUGUGUGGAUGAGAACACAGAGAGGAGGAAUCACUACUUGGAUCUGGCUGGCAUCGAGAACUACACCUCCAGAUUUGAAACCAUAGUGCCGCCUACAGUGCAUCAAGAUAAUUUACCCCGUCCGUCUCACUCUCGGAGCCGCUCUCGUUCGCACGAGCCAGACUCGCAUUCCCAGCAGCGCCGUUCACAGCUCAUCACCGAUCACUGCACCUCUCGCACCCCCCACUCUACCAGACCCCCUAAAGGGGCGUCGAAAGGGGGCGGGACCACUCCGAUGAGGGCCAGCAAGUGUUACGGGCAUCACGGUGGGCAGGACGUGUAUCAUCUGCCCCAGCAGACCCAGCCUCAGCAGCUGAACACACACUCCCAGCACCCCUUGCAACACAGCCACAGCAAGAGGCUGAGGUCCAGAACGCAGAGUAAACACACACCACAGUCGCCUGAUCGAGACCACACACACAGUGCAGGAUUUGUGGUACCCAUGGUGCAAAGGCACGAGCAUCACCACCACCACGAGCAUCACCAUCAUCAUCAUUAUCAUCACUACCAUCAGACGUGAUCGUGCACAUACGCAUACAUAUAUACACACACACACACACGUAUAUAUGUAUGUGCGUGUGUGUGUGUAUAUGUAGUGUGUUCUAACCAUGUCAAAACCACAGACAGAUCACGGCUUCAAGAAAACUGAGUGGAAAUCAGAUGUUUCAAGCUGGACAUGUUGCUCUUUGCUCACGUAUGCACACUUCAACACUCCAAGUGUGUCCCGUUUUACAACAUACUCCAGGUAUUCUUCCUUUAUUCAGUCUCAGGUCUAAGCUGCUGCUGUUUUAAGCUUUUCAGAGAAACUGCUACUUUUCUCUCAGUUACCUGCUGUAGACUGAGGGAUCUCCUUGUUACCAGGGUACAUAUCACCACUGCCAGUUAAUGCAAAAAAAAAAUGUAUAUAUCCCCAAUUAUGUAUGAAAGUGUAUGACUGUAAACCUGUAAUGUUGAAUUAUGCAGACAACAUAUUUAUCAUGAUCAAUAUGUAUGCUUUAUAUAUAUCCUGUUUUUAUACAUAUUUUAAUAAAAUACUUAAUAUGCA